AUGCACUGGCUCUCCAGCAGAACGACAGGGGCUCUAGCCGUUCUAAUGGUGGUUGUGCUGGUUCAUGGAGAGUUGCGAAUACAGACCAGAGGAGACGACGCAGAAGAGGAGAGCGCAGUACAACAGGUCAAAAGAAGAUAUAAACGUGAAUGGGUGAAAUUUGCCAGGCCCUGCAGAGAAAGAGAAGACAAUUCAAAAAGAAACCCAAUUGCUGAAAUUACUUCAGAUUUCCAGAAAACCCAGAAAGUUACCUAUCAAAUUUCUGGGGUAGGAAUUGAUCAGCCCCCGUUUGGAAUUUUUGUUGUUGACAAAUACACUGGAAAAAUUAACAUAACUGCCAUAGUUGAUCGCGAGGAAACGCCAAGCUUCCUGAUCACCUGUCGAGCUCUCGAUUACUUGGGUCAAGACAUCGAGAAACCACUUAUAUUAACAGUCAAAAUUUUAGAUGUCAAUGAUAAUGCUCCUGUCUUUUCACAAAGCAUUUUCAUGGGUGAAAUUGAAGAAAAUAGUGCUUCAAACUCGCUGGUGAUGAUAUUAAAUGCCACAGAUGCAGAUGAACCAAACCACUUGAACUCUAAAAUUGCCUUCAAAAUCAUCUCUCAGGAACCUGCAGGCCAACCCAUGUUCCUCAUCAGCAGAAACACUGGGGAAGUCCGUACCUUGACCAAUUCUCUUGAUCGAGAGCAAAUGAGCAGUUACUACCUGUUGGUGAGUGGUGCUGACCAAGAUGGAGAAGGAUUAUCAACUCAAUGUGAAUGCAAGGUCAAGGUGAAAGAUGUCAAUGAUAAUUUCCCAGUGCUUAAAGAAUCUCAGUAUUCAGCACAUAUUGAGGAAAAUGCAUUAAGUUCAGAAUUACUUCGACUACAAGUGAUAGAUUUGGAUGAAGAGUUCACAGAUAAUUGGCUUGCAGAAUAUUUCUUUACCUCUGGAAAUGAAGGGAAUUGGUUUGCAAUACAAACUGACCCAAGAACGAAUGACGGCAUCCUGCAGGUGGUGAAGGCACUAGAUUAUGAACAAAUGCAAAAGGUGCAACUUGGUAUCGCUGUCAAAAACAAAGCUGAAUUUCACCAAUCAAUAAUCUCUCAAUAUCGAGCCUUGUCCACCCCGGUCACAAUUCAGGUAGUAAACGUGAGAGAAGGACUUAUAUUCCAACCUUCUUCCAAGACCUUCACUGUGCAGAAAGGCAUAAGUAGUAAAAAACUGAUCAAUUAUGUUCUGGGAACGUAUCAAGCCAUUGAUGAAGACACUGGGAAAGCAGCUACAUCUGUCAAAUACCUAAUGGGACGUAACAAUGGUGGUUGGCUAACGAUUGAUUCAAAAACUGCUGAAAUAAAAUUUAUCAAAAACAUAGAUCGAGAUUCUACUUUCAUAGUUAACAAGACAAUCACAGCCGAGAUUCUGGCCGUAGAUGAAAACACGGGUAAGACCUCGACAGGCACCGUCUUUGUGGAAGUACCGGAUUUAAAUGAAAAUUGCCCAACAGUUGUCUCGGAAAAGAGAGUCGUUUGUACUUCGUCACCUUUCAUCAGGCUCUCAGCUAAGCCACUGAGCAGGGAUAAAUAUACUGGUCCCUAUACUUUCAUGCUGCAAGAGCAACCUUUAAAAUUGCCAGUUGAAUGGAGUAUCACAUCACUAAAUGCUACCUCAGCGAUGUUGAGUGCCCAGCAGCAGAUAUCUCCGGGAGUGUACAGAGUCUUCCUCGCCGUUAAGGAUGGUCAGAACAGGCUGUGCGAGAUCCCGGAGAGCGUGACUGUGGAAGUCUGUCAGUGUGACCACAGGGACGUCUGUGGUACAUACGACCCAGGCAAAGACUCUGGGAUCACCGGCAGAGAGUGGUCAUCGGUGAAGCUGGGACCUGCCGCCAUUGGCUUGAUAUUCUUCGGUCUUCUGCUGUUGCUCUUGGCUCCCCUGCUGCUCCUGACCUGCAAUGGUGGGAUGGGCCCAAUAGGAGGUGUGGCAGGUGGAUUUGUCUCAGUUCCUGAUGGCUCAGAAGGAACAAUUCAACAGUGGAAAAUUGAAGGCGCUCACCCUGAAGACAAAGAAAUCACAAAUAUCUGUGUGCCACCUGUAACAGUCAAUGGAUUCGAAUUCAUGGAAAAUUCUGAAGUUCGUACAAAUACAUAUGCAGGAGGGACAGUGGGCAAAGGAGCUUCAGGAAUGGAAAUGACCACAAACAUUGGAGCAGCUACAGGAUCUGGAGCCGCGGGGGGAUUUGUCACAGGAACAGUGUGUGGAGCCGCUGUGGGCACCUGCUCAGCAGGACACUCUGGGACCAUCAGGACAAGGCAUUCCACUGGAGCAACCACUAGGGAGCAUGCAGAAGGAGCAAUAAGCAUGAGUUUCUUAGACUCCUACUUUUCUCAGAAAGCAUUUGCCUGUGCAGAAGUGGACGAUGACCAGGAAGCGAAUGACUGCUUGCUGAUCUAUGACAGCGAAGGGAUGGAGCCUCCCGGCUCUCCCGUGGGCUCCGUGGGCUGCUGCAGUUUCAUUGCCGACGACCUGGAUGACAGCUUCCUCGACUCACUGGGCCCCAAGUUCAAAAAGCUUGCAGAGAUAAGUCUAGGUAUUGAUGAGGAAACCAAACAAUCUCAGCUGUCCACCAAAGAAAGUGGCUUGGGGAUUGACCCCUGUGGCCGUCCUGUAGAAUGGGACAUGACUGUGAAAGGUGGUCAAGUACUGUCUGCUUCUGGGUCUGUUUUCCAACCAGCCAUUUCCAUCCCGGACCCUUUGCAACAUGGGAACUAUGUAAUAACUGAGACUUACUCCACUUCGGGUCCCUUCGUGCAGCCUUCCACCGUGGUCUCUGAUUCACUUCUCACUCAAAAUGUCAUUGUGACGGAAAGAGUCAUCUGCCCCAUUGCCAGUGCGCCCGGCAACCUGCAGGGUCCGACAGAGUUACGAGGGUCAAGGAACAUGAUCUGCAUCGAAGAUCCUUGCUCUCGUCUGAUAGGACCAAAGUGA